UCAUCAUCAGAAUCUCUGGCGUGCGUCGGAUUAAGCCCUCGGCCGCCGGCCCGAGUGCGAGCAGGUUGAGCCCUGGCGUCGCAGCAGGAAAUACGCAUGCGGCGCUCCAUGCACCGACGUCAGAGCCAGGGCAUGGUGAUCCGGCCGCCGACCCUGCGCGAGACGUCGGAGCCGCCGCUGUCCGAGGUGGACGAGAACUUCGAUCUGAACCCGAGCCGCUUCGAGGUGUUCCGCUGGCGCCUCAACGAGUUCCUCAACCAGGGUCACAUGAUGCUGCUCGUGCUGAGGACGCACGUGCACGACUGCAACCCGCACUACGCGACCGAGUUCGAGCACGCCGUGCUCUACUACUCCAUGAUCAAGAUCGAACUGGACGACUACUUCGACACCGUGGUGCACUACAGUAUGAAGGCCUUCAACCAGCGCGACAUCAAGUGGUGGCCGGACACGCUCUUCAAGCGCGUCGCCAUCGUCAUCUUCGCCGUGCUCGACAAGGUGGAGGUGCAGACGCUCGACUACUACGUCAACAAGGACAACCUCAAGGAACUGUUCCGGCACUUGCAGUGGGAGAACUACCUCUUCAACUGGAAGAUCGCCCUCGACCCGUCGCCCUCGCCUAGCACUACCUUGGUACCGUAGGGACUGAGCGCGCCUCCUUUCACCCGAGCCUUCGAAGUAAAAAUGCGCAAACGACGAGACUCCGCUGAACUAGCGUAAUGUUGCAGUCUGCCGCUGCUGAGCAGACUUGUCAGCCACUAUCACUUAGCAGGAUGGCAAGCGACGCAUCAAGUUUAGACACCAAUUUUUUUGUUUCUUGCACUUCAGGGACGCGUAGCGAACCAAGGAAAAUGACAGUUCUGAUUUAUUCUUCGUAAAAGAAAUCAGAUAAUAGUUGCCAGAAGAUUCAGACUUAGAUAUAGGAGUGACGGACCAUUUAUACUGGUAGCCUAAUGGGACACUGGAUAGAAAAAUAAUCGUUCCUAUAUUAAAAAAUUACCCUUCUACAACGCCAAAAUAAGUCUUACCGUAAAAAGAGGCUUGGAAAACCCCAAAAGGUGCGAAAACAAGAGAGGGUGGCGCCGCCGUCUUCAACUUCCCGCACGAUCUCGCUGUGACGUCAUAAAUUUUGACUAAGCUUGCUGGGGCCUAGUUUACUACCUAUCGAUAACGAUGUUCUAAAUUUCAUUCUAAAAAAACCAAAGGCUAUAAACGAAGCUUCAAGAACUGCUACUAAGCCACAACGGGCAGAAUGCGAGAAUUAAAAUAAUUUGACAACCACGAUGUCACAUCGGCGCACUGGCAGUGGGGUCCCAGGGCGAAAUUAAAAAGAAACAUUAACUUUUACCUGCAUUUUGUUUUGUAUUGUUCAACCCGCAACAGCGAAAUUACCGAACUAGAGUUCUAACAAUAUACUUCAUCCGUCUUGGCUGA